AUUCUCAUUCUCAGCACUUAUUGUAUGGAUUUGCCUUUUCGGCAGUAGGUAAAUUUCGUGUUUCCUUAGAAUUAUUGGGAUAUUUAAAAUCAAGUGGAAUCAAAUGGAAGUAAAACAAGAAAUAAGUGUAAAGGAGGAAACAUGUAAAGUAGAAGUAGAGUAUAAUGAAUUGGAUGAUGUUCUUUUGGAUGACUUUAAAUGUGAAACUCAAGAGGAAUCCAAUAUUCAAAGUAUGCAUGACACAUAUGACUGUUUAAACUUAAACAAACGGUCCAUAAAUACUGAAAUAGAACAACAUGGAAUUAACGCAUUUGAAGAAAACCAAAAAAUUGAAAAAGAAACAAAUGCAUUUAAACCUCCUUCAACAAGUCCUGAGUCGCUACCAAUAUGGCUAAUAAUAAGGCGUUUUUCCUUUCCGGAUGGUGCUUUUGAACCUGUCGACAAACCAGUCAGGAAAGCUUGUCAUUUGCUUUUCACAUUUAAAUCCUGCCAUAUUUCCCUGGGAACCUGCAGGGGACAACAUGUGCUAAUUAGGGUGAGACAGGCCAGCGUGCUGGUCUGGAUUUGAAAAGGUACUUUUGUUUAUAUAUUUUUAAUACUUGUUUUUUUAAUAUGGUGUGUAC